GCUACGGUUCUGUUCUCCUGGAGGGAAUAUGUGGGCACUAUUGUGAUUUUCGGUACUGGGAUGCAGACGCUACGGCAUACACGGUUUAUAUUGAUGCUGCGACGUGAGGUUAGUCCGUCUGAGGAGCGGGUUGGUGGGCUGAUAGCCACGGUUUCCAAGGAGAAUCGGGGUCGUUGGAGGUCUGGAUGCUUUUUUCACUAUGUCAACUUUGCUGCUUUGAACGCUCAGCGGGAUAUUGAGGGUUAUUUAAACGGCACGGACUGUAUUUUCUGCACUACACUGUCCAAGAAACCUCUUUUCCCGGCUAGCUGCUUAACGAAGGCGGAGAUGAUGAAGGGGGGGAGACGGCCAUUCAUCUUAGCAAUAGGGUCCUGGCAACCUGACGUGAUCGAAUUAAAUCUCUCACUAUUACAUGAUACCAUCGCAGCCAGUGGCGGAUACAGUCCUAAUACUGGGGAGUCGAAGGGUGUAAUUCUCAUCGAUGGCCGGAGCUUUGGGCUCGAGAGUUGUAGUGAGUUAGUUCAGAGCGGGAUUGUGACGAGGGAUAUUGUUGAGUUUGGUGAGAUUAUUGCGUCGAGGACGGGAGGGAAAAAGUAUGAACAUUUGAUCAGGGCAAACCAGUUCGUCUCGGAGGGCUUUGUUGUUUAUAUGAGUGUUGGUGUGAGUCUUACGGACUUUGCAGUUGGUGGUGCUAUCUUAGGGCUAUAUAAGAAGAAGCAGAAGUCUCUCCUGAAUUAG